AUGACAUUUUCAUGUCAAAAUGGUACCUCGGGCUAUUUGAGCGGGAAGUCUCUUCGUGAUGAUGUAUUCCAAAAAUGGCGCAUUUGUUUGGUGUCGCUUGUGUUUUGCGCUGUUCUGUUUGCUGAAAGUGUUGGUGUCUACAGUCUACGACUUCAUUCCUCACCAAGGAUAUUACGAGAGUUAUUCUACAACUCGACGUCAGCAUCGCAUAGUGGGGGUAACCGCCGCGAUCAGUGCCUUAUUCUGAGCAGGGAGUUAACCAAGGGUAUAUGCACUCGUCUGCAGCUCGACAGACGAAAGGAGGAGAUACGCAAUAAUGUGCAUUUCAAGUUUUGCUCGGUGCAUUCGGCGAGCAUUUACUCGGUGGUGAAUUCUCCCAGCAAAAGCUGUAUCGUAGACGAAUCUUUGGCGCAGUGUAAAAGCUGUCUCCACAGGCUUGAAGACUGGGAUAGACAGGCCAUGGAGAAGUUCACUGUAUUUCAAGACCUGCUAGAUCGCUUCGACUGCAAUGACAGUUUCUCCACCGUAGGGAACUGUCAAAAAUGCAAGGAGGCAUACAAGAAUUGGUUGUGUGCCGUCUCUAUACCGUAUUACCUCUAUGAUACAGAAGUGCUGCCAUGCAAAGACAUCUGUCUACAGGUGGAAAAGUCCUGCCCUUUUUUUCGUCCUCUAAUGCUGGAAACCCAUGCAGGUGACCCUAGUUUUAUAUGCAAAGACCCCCAAAUUCAAGGUAACACCGAUGCAGUAUAUGGACGAGCGCCAGCAUGCUAUCAAAUGUGCCACGUGGAUUUAUGUCAGGUGGACACAACAGAACAGUGCCCCGAAAUUGACCUGAGUGGAAAUGCUACGUCAGCCACAAACUUUGCUACGAGGAUGGGGUUGCCUCCCUUGUCGACGCACUCUUUAGCUCAAUACGGCUUACUAUGGUGGCUUAUUCACACCAUGUGCUUACACCUAAGCAGCGGGCUCACAUAGGGAUUCCAUAAUAGGUGUAAACAAUUAUAAAUAAAUAAACUAUAAUAUAUGUACAUGUGUCAAAUAAAAAUUAAUAAAAUUACAACAAUAUGACAAUAAUAAAUUAUGUAAUUAAAAAAAUAGUCACCUGUAAAUGAGAAGACAUUAUUCCAUGCCAUUGUUGUUGUUGUGGUAUGGGAUGGAAGAUGAACGCGUGCAAAUACAACUGGUGAUAAACUCCUGGAAACGUAUUAUAAUGUGUUACUAUGGUUACAUGUAUAUACACUCACAUGUAUAUAGAAAAAGACGAAAAUAUAUAUGGAUGUACAUAUACAUAUAUAAAUAUUUGUAUUAAGGUACAUGUAUGUGUAUGAGUGUAUGUAGCCAAGACAAAAAGACUCAGGCCGUUUAUUCAGUUAGGAAGACGAAACAAAAGUCUCCAUGAUAGGCCUCUAGACACUGACAAUGUUGUUUAUCAGGCUAACUGUGGAGGCCUUGUUUGUGUUCAACAUGAGAAAUCAACAUCAAAAGGAUAAUCCAAGAUGGCUUCAUGCGUUUCUGUAAAUAGCCAACAUUUUAUUUUGUCUCAGGGCUCGGAGAGGAAAAAAAAUUUCGUCCGGUGAAACAGUGACUUGCCUACUGUUUCCAUGGUAACUUCAGUCUACUGCAUCUCUUUGUGAUGGAAUAAUUCUUCCAUGUGUUUCUAAAAGAUCAUUGAAAUGGCGGUGGCAAAAACGGAUGGAAUUCUCAAGCUUCUUAGCAUGAUCUCUCUGUCUCUAUAUAUGUAUAGGCUGUUGCUCUGCCCUAAGAUGGAAUCUACUGUGCAGCACUCAAACCAAUCCUGCGUGGAUUGCAUGGAAUUUUCAUGAUUCAAUUACUAUUGGUUUAGAGUUCUGUGAGGAGUCACAAGUAUUCAAGGAGCCAGCGUGUGAUGGCAUUCACAAGUAUUCAAGGAGCUUGCUUGUGGUAGCAUUCACAAGUAUUCAAGGAGCCAGCUUGUGAUGGCAUUCACAAGUAUUCAAGGAGCCAGCUUGUGAUGGCAUUCACAAGUAUUCAAGGAGCUUGCUUGUGGUGGCAUUCACAAGUAUUCAAGGAGCCAGCUUGUGAUGGCAUUUCACAAGUAUUCAAGGAGCUAGCUUGUGAUGGCAUUCACAAGUAUUCAAGGAGCUAGCUUGUAGUGGCAUUCACAAGUAUUCAAGGAGCCAGGGUUGUGACAGCAUUCACAAGUAUUCAAGGAGCCUGCUUGUGGUGGUAUUCACAAGUGUUCAAGGAACUGGCUUGUGGUGGCAUUCACAAGUAUUCAAGGAGUUUGCUAGUAAUGGCAUUCACAAGAAUUCAA